AUGGGCCCCUAUACCGCCUCCUCAUGCUGCUGCCAGGCCCGUAAUCUGCCAUGGGCCCCCGUACCGACUCCUCAUGCUGCUGCCAGGGCCCGUAAUCUGUCAUGGGCCCCUGUACCGCCUCCUCAUGCUGCUGCCAGGUCCAGAGUGUGUCAUGGGUCCCUGUACGGCCUCCCAUUGCUGCUGUCUCUAUCGCCACACUCUGCCAUGUGCCACUUUCAGGUCUCCUCACACUGCUGGUGGUUUCCAUUUUUGUCAUAGGGUGCUGUAUGGCCUCCCAUUGCUGCUGCCUCCACCGCCACACUGUGGCUCCACACUCUGGUUUUGGCCCCGUGACUGCCCAAAUGAGUGAAGUGUGCGGUGAUUCUAAGAUCGACGGCACUCAUCUGCAUGUCAUACUGACUGACAGUAUUAUUUCUCUUCCCCAGCAGACUCCAAGGGCAUUUAAAUUAAAGGUACAGUGUUCUGCACUAAUAUUA